CCCUCCGCGAUUUUCCAUUUACUGACUUACCUACCCACUACAUGGAACAAUUUCUUUGAUCUUUCUUCUCCCAACUAUGCAUUGACUGCUUAGAGGUCCCUGAACUUCUCUGCCUCUCUCUGAUCCUCAUCCGCCACAGAAUAACAUAACCUGAGGGCUUGCUAGUAACCGUUCUGGAAGGCAAGAAAUGGGCUCUGGUUCUCCUCCUCCCUUGGGUCCGAAACCCAAGUCCGCUCUCCCCUCAUAUCUGAUUAACGGUAGCUCUCCAUUGAGCGGCUCUACGGCGACUCGCGAUUCUCGUGAGCGGGAGAACCUCAACUCUUCCAUCCGUUCCUCUUUCCAUCCUCGCGUUCCCGCCGAAUUUGACUCAUCGUCGACGGAAAGCAUGUCCAACAGCAACAGUGCCUCCAAUGCGGACACAGGAGCUGCCUCGCACUCCCUGGAGCCUACAAGACCCACCCUUCGUGACCCCGCUCGAGAUCCCAGAGACGAGGCAGCACCAUUGACUCCGACUAUCAGUCGACCUGCCAGUCCAUAUACCCUUAACCCUCCGAUUGACUUCGACGGGUUGAGCUGGCCUUGUCCUGGCACCAGGGCCAGACUGGAGUCGACCCCAGAACAAACCGAAGAAAGAAUUCAGAAAUUGGCAGGGGCAGUGAAAACUAUCUUCGAAUGCAUCGGCGAGGAUCCGGACAGAGAAGGUCUUAGGGAGACUCCGGAGAGAUAUGCCAAAGCUCUUCUUUUCUUCACUAAGGGCUACGAAGAAAAUGUCAGGGACCUUGUAAAUGGAGCAGUCUUUCACGAAGACCACGACGAGCUGGUCAUUGUGAAAGAUAUCGAGGUCUUCUCGCUAUGCGAACAUCAUAUGGUUCCCUUCACAGGAAAGAUGCAUAUUGGCUAUAUCCCUGACCGUCGCGUCCUUGGUCUUUCAAAGCUUGCUCGUCUGGCUGAAAUGUUUUCCCGACGACUACAAGUCCAGGAGCGUCUCACCAAACAAGUCGCACUAGCAAUCUCAGAGGUACUGAAGCCCCGAGGUGUGGGCGUGGUCAUGGAGUCGUCUCACCUCUGCAUGGUUAUGCGCGGCGUUCAAAAGACGAGCAGCACAACCACCACGAGUUGUAUGCUCGGAUGCAUGCGGUCCAGUGCGAAAACUCGAGAGGAAUUCUUGACCCUCUUGAAUCGCAAAUGAACUCGGCAGAUUUUCCGCGUUCUCACGAAAUUUAACAUCGAACUGUAUAUCAAGUUACGUUCUGUCGAUCUCACUAUUUAGCGGAGUUAUGGUGGCGGCCUUUCAACAGGUAUGCCGGGUUAUGGUUCAUUCAACCUCGGCAGGCAACUAAUUACCAUUCAUUUCGCUGGUAUUCAAACUUAUCUCGGUCUGAUUAUCAUCUCACAUUGGCUUCUAUUCAUUUUCUUGAUU